ACAAUGUCUUUCAGAGGAGGAGGAGGAAGAGGAGGAGGAGGAGGACGAGGGUUUGGAAGAGGUGGAGGUGGAGGUUUUAACCGGGGUGGAGGAGGCAGGGGUGGAGGGUUUGGCCGAGGAGGAGGCAGAGGCGGCUUCAGGCAGCAGGACUACGGUCCUCCGGAGUAUGUCGUUGCGGUGGGAGAGUUUGUGCAUCCAUGUGAAGAUGACCUCGUCUGUAAGUGCACAACGGAGGAAAACAAAGUUCCCUACUUCAACGCCCCGGUGUACUUGGAAAACAAGGAGCAGAUCGGGAAAGUGGAUGAAAUAUUCGGCCAACUACGGGACUUCUAUUUUUCAGUGAAGCUCUCUGAUAAUAUGAAGGCGUCUUCCUUUAAGAAACUACAGAAGUUUUAUAUCGAUCCAAUGAAGCUCCUCCCACUGCAAAGGUUCCUUCCUCGGCCGCCGGGCGAGAAGGGACCGCCGAGGGGAGGAAGAGGAGGGAGGGGUGGAGGCCGUGGAGGCGGUUUUCGAGGCGGCAGAGGAGGACGGGGUGGAGGAUUUGGAGGUGGACGGGGCGGAGGGUUCGGAGGAGGACGCGGUGGAGGAGGAGGCUUCAGAGGAAGAGGCGGCGGCGGCGGUUUUGGACGGGGAUUCAGAGGUGGGAGAUGAUCAUCUCUGCUGGCCUGGCGUGAGCUUCUCUUUUCUGUCUCCAGCUAAACUAAGAGGGCUGGACUCAGGCAGGUUCAGGCCCGAGGGAAUCACGCAGACAUUGACUCGACUUAAGGAGUUUAAGUUAAUGUUUCUUCCUACCAGCUUUGGAAGAAAGAAGGAUCCUAAUGCAUUUGAAUUAAAAGUUUCAUAAGUAGGCUUUUAUAUGCUGUAGUGGGGACCUUUUCCUGCCUGUUUUUUGGAUUCAUUUUAAGACGGGCACAUCAUAACCUUUUACUCAUCCUUUUGAAUAUCCAACCGAUGUUGAAGAUUUUAGUAAAGACAUUUUGCAGAACUUCCAGUGACUUCCUCGCUUGUUGGAAGUCAGAUUCUUUUUCAGUUUUAACUGAACACAUUGUAAUCCUCAAUUUGUAGUUUAUCUAGUAAAGCAUUCAAUGGUGCUUUGUAAAUGCGUGUUGUUUUUUCUAUGUUUGAUACUUUAAAGAAUACAUCCUUUA